UCCCCGGGGGACGUGGAGCCUCAGCAUUCCUCUCAUUCCUCCCUCGCGACAAUCAGCCUGUGAGCCUUUAUGAGCCACACUCCGUCUGCUCACUCACACACAGUCACACAUGCGCGUGGACUGGAUUUGUGCACUCCAGGAGCAAUCCGGGGGCAUUUUGCUGGAGUUUUAAGUGUUCGUCUUUGUGUGAUGUGACCAGGAUUUGAUUCCUUGUGAUCCGUGCCGUUCCUCAAGUCCGCCCCAAGACCCCGCCUUCUCGGACAUGAGAACCGCCGAAGCCCCCCCCGGGACGGUCCUGCACCGCCUCAUCCGAGAGCAGCUCCGCUUCGGCAACCUGACCGACACCCGCGCCCUGCUGGCCAUCCAACAACAGGCCCUGCGCGGUAGCGGCGGCGGUUGCGGGAGUCCUCGCUCUUCCCUGGAGAGCCUGACCCAGGACGAGUGCCAGUACCUGCACUUGUCCACCCGGCAGGACCCCCAAGGCCAGGAAUAUCAGGGAAGCUGCGUUCAUCUGGAAAACCCCUUGGGGAUUCCCUACCACCAGGAGGAGCUUCCCACCUACGAGGAGGCCAGGGUGCACUCGCAGUACCUGAAAGGGGAGCUGGACUCCGGCGUGGACGUGCACUGGGAUGCGAAGAGGGAGCACGCCCGCUCCCUCAGCGAGCGCCUCAUGCGGCUCACCCUGGAAAGGAGCGCGCCGCCCGCAAACGUCCCGGCCACGAGCUUCUCGCAGAGUUUUCCGCAGCUGUACAAUGCGGCCGGCCCACCUCGAGGGGACCCCCCGGGGCCGCCGCCCGGGUACCCGCCCCGGGAGCAGGGGGUGUAUUUCCUAGAACCUACCGCGCCUCCACCCUUCUACUCUCAGCACAGGAACGCCAGCGUUCCGGCGAUGGCGCCGUCCGGGGAUGAGGGUGACGCCCUGAGGCAGGAAAACCGCAGGCUGCGGCAGGAAGUGGACAUCUACGCAGAGAAGGCCGCACGCCUGCAGAAGCUGGAGAAUGAGAUAGCGAGGAUCUCGGAGGCGUACGAGACUCUGAUGAAGGGCUCGGCCAAGCGCGAAGCUCUGGAGAAGACCAUGAGGAACAAGCUCGAGGCCCAGAUGAAGAGGAUGCACGACUUCAACCGGGACCUCAGAGAACAAGUGUGCGCGGCCGCCAAGCAGCGAGCGGACAAGGAAGCGGAAUGCUCCGAACACAAGCAACACGUCUUCCUCAAGCUACUUGAACAAAAUGAGGAGCAGCUGCGCGAGCGCGAGCGUCUGGAGAAGUCCAUCCAGAACCUGCGGGUGUCGGCAGAGGAGAGCCAGCGCGGGCGCGAGCUACUCGAGAAGGCGCUGCUCUCGGCACACGCCCGCAACCGGCAGCUGGAGGACGAGCUGCACAGGAAGCGUGCAUACGUGGAGAAGGUGGAGCGCCUCCAGAGCUCGCUGGGCCAUCUGCAGGCAGCCUGCGAGAAGCGGGAAGAGCUGGAGAUGCGACUGCGCACACGCUUAGAGCAAGAACUCAAAAGUAUGCGAGCGCAACAGAAUCAGACCUUGGGUCCAGUGGCUCCGGAGCUGAGCUCCUCCCUGUCACGACAGCAGCUGAGGGAGCGCGAGGAGCGUAUUCUGGCCUUGGAGGCCGACAUCACCAAGUGGGAACAGAAAUACCUGGAGGAGAGCACCAUGAGACAGUUUGCCAUGGACGCCGCCGCCACGGCUGCAGCGCAGCGAGAUACCACCAUCAUCAACAACUCGCCUCGACAUUCGCCCGACAGCAGUUUUAACGAGGACCUGCCUCUGACCAAUCACAGACAUCAGGAGAUGGAGAGCAGGAUCCGAGCCCUUCACGCGCAGCUCCUGGAGAAGGACGCCAUGAUCAAGGUCCUUCAGCAGCGCUCCAAGUGGGACCAGCGCAAGCCGGAGAAACAAGGCCUUCGGCCGGCCAGGUCCGUCCCGUCCGUCGCCACGGCGGCCGGCGGUACCGAGACUAAAGGAAGGAGCCUCUCGGAUGACAAGACAGGUGGUGCCGUACUGCGACACGAGCGUGCCAGCCGGGACCCCAGCACCCGAUGUGACCAACUCCAGCCAUCCGGAACCUUGCUGGUUGCCGCCUCUGACACUUCGGAGGAAACCCAGCCGGGAGGACUCAAAGCCGUGGAGAGCGUCAACAACACAACUGACUCAGAGAUGGUGGAGAUCCUCAUUUGAAGUUUUUCCAGUCAUGUCGCUGUAUCUUAUUUAUUUCGAAAGUGUCAUUGCUGCUCAUUUGUAUUGUGUCGCCCAUUUAAGGGGUCCUUUUAAUUUAAAAUAAUGGGAGUGAUUGCCGAUGUCCUCGGUGGAGGCAUCCGGUGUGUUUGUGGGUUGUUCUGUGUGACAGGACGAUGUAUAUUUCACUUUAUUUAUCUUCGAGGAUGUAAAGUUUACAAACCUCUGAAUGCGGAGCGGCUUUAGAAGAUCCAACCCGAAAGAAAGUAUACAGCGGUCGUGCUUAUCGCCAUCUUCUCCACUUGUCGGUGGGGUGUGUUGUAUUUCCGAAUGCACCGCGGCACUUGCAAUGGAUUUUCGCAUGACGCUGGAACGUACUCGAUGUCAAUGUUGCUUGACAAGGAGACAAGAUGGCGACGAUACAGAAAUGUUAUUUCACUAUAAUCAACAUCUCCAACAUUUUAGGGAAUAUCUGUCUAGUGCAGCAUUAGAUAUACUGCAGGGGUUAGGUUUAGGUUUUUUUUUGGUUAGGCUUGGGGUUCGGGUUAUGAGGUAGGAUUUAGGUUUGAAGGUUAGGGGCUAUGGUAAGGCUUAGGGCUCGAUUAGGUUUAGGGUUUAGGUUCAGCGUUUAGGCUUCACGCGGGUCAGAACUUCUAGCUCUGAAGCUAAUAUUUGCGGUCUUGUAGCGCAAAUUCCCCCCUGGCCUGGCCUCGCCUCGCCCCCUGCCCUGGAAGCUAAUCUUCUCACAUUCCUAGCCGAGGGAGUGAGGAGAGAGAGAGAGAGAGAGAGAGAAAAAAAAAAAAAAAAGUCUAUCUAAAGCGGGGAAUGUGAAGUCCCUUCGCCCUCGUUAAAACGUUGCGCAUUCUCCGCUUGAGAUGGACUUUGGUUUCCACCAUCCGCCAAACUCCAAGUUUGCCUGCAAUGUGUUUUCUAUUAAACUGGAAUGCCCACUCUGGAAGGGGGGGAAAUACCGCCCCAGUACGCUAAUCCAGUUUUGGACCUGUCGCUGUUUGUGUCAGCGGGGGAUUAGCCACAUGUAAAUUCUGACAUUUAAUGGCCCGUUACACUUCGUGCUUUUCCAUCAAACAGACUCACACACACACGCACAAUAUGAAUGAAUGCAUUUGCUGGUCAGCGCAGUGUAACAGAUUGACUGGAAUGACCCCUCGGCUCCCUCGGAAUUUGUUUACAUGGAAGUGAAAAGUUAAUAUAUAUUGUUUUUCUCCAUUCAUAAGCUUGCGUUUGUGGUGUUUUCUGGUGCCAAAGAUGUACUCAGAUUGUUCUGUCUUUUUAUUAACGUUAUAACCGGUGACGCAGACACACAAACGGUUCGGAUCCCAUUUGGAAAUUGCUGUGAACUUUUUGUAAAGUAUGUAUUCCUUAAUAUUUCAUCCACCGAGAGAUU